AUGGAGAACCAAAGCAGUCGCCGGCGAACCGUUGGAGAUGGGAUACGUCGUUCUCCCCGUCUGUCACGAACCGCAAGCACAACAAUGCCGGAGAUUCCUCUUUUCAAGUUAAACUCCGGCAGAAAAUCCGUCGACAAACCGAAUUCCACGGCGCGAACUAGAAUCAACAGCAGCAGCAUCAAAGCUGGUGAAGAAAACAGAAAUCCAUCACCAGCAACGAGAAUACCAAUUCCAAUUCCAGGAAUCAUCAAAAGGCCUCAAUCUGAGAAUCUCAUCCUUAGUAAUCCCGUCCGGAACUUGCAGCGUCAACGGAGUCCCGACAUAGUAACGAUAAUUCCUAUUCCAGGAAUCAUCAAAAAGCCUCAAUCUGAGAAUCUCAUCAUCAAUAUUCCCGUCCGGAACUUGCAGCGUCAACAGAGUCCCGACGUAGUAAAAAACAUCGAGAAAGUGAAACCAAAGAGGACAGGAUCAGUUUCUCCCUCAGCCUGGGCGUUAUCUCCUGGAAGAUCAUCUUCCAUCUUUUCGGUGCCGGAAUCUCCAGAUUCUUCGGGUCGAACAACGAAACAGAGCUCGAAAAGUGUUAACAGCGUUUUGAAUUAUUUCCGGCAGAAGAAGGCGUCUUCGAUCCAAGAGGAAUUGUUGCAUCAACUACGUAUUAUGCAUACGAGAUUGCUUCAAUGGAGAUUCGCGAAUGCUCGAGCUGAAUCCACUUUAGCCGCUAAUAAGCAUUUUGCAGAGGACAAAAUAUUUAAAGUUUGGUUAAGGAUCUUCCAUCUGCGCAAUUCGAUUCUAGAAAAACGACUUCAUAUUGAGAAGCUCAAACAUGAAAUUAAGAUAAUUCAAAUUAUUGAUCCUCAAGUUUGCAUAAUUAAUGAAUGGGAAAAGAUUGAGAAGAAAAAUUCAGAAGCAGUAGCAAGAAUUGGGAGAAAAUUAUCUGCAUCAUCAACUGCACUCCCCUUGAUAAAUGGUGCUAAGGCGGAUUCAGAUUCAGUUCAGAAUGCAAUGUUCACAGCCAUGAGUGUCAUGGAAAGUAUUGAAGCAACAAUUAUGAAGUUCAUCUCACAGGUUGAGGAAGCAGCUUCAUUAGCUUCCGAGCUAGUCAAUACCGUAGAACAAGAGAGGAAAGAGUUACAAGAAUUAAGGAAGGAAAUUGCCAUAGUUGCUUCACUUGAGGCAAAGGAAGAAAGCCUUAAGGCACACACCAUUCAAGCAGCUACACAAAGGAUAGUAGAAGGUAACCAUUUGUUAUCUUCAAUCAAAUUAACAGAUGCUUGGCACGAGAAUGUUAAAGAUAAGUCAAUUCAUCAGCAAAGGUAUCGAAAGGGACACUUCCUUCGGUUAUACUUAUCUAAUGUACAUCACAAAGAUAACUUAGGACAUCAAUCUUGA